GUGAAGAGCUCGAUAGCCCGUCUCUAGUAGUUGUUAAUCCCGACAUUAAAGCGAAAUGGUUAAAGCGUACUUACGUUAUGAGCCAGCGCAAACAUUUGGCGUGAUUGCCUCCAGCCAGUCCAACAUUAUUUACGAUCACGAAGGGAAAUUGGCUAUUGCACCUGCUCUCGAAGAAGUCGUUGUCUGGGACAUUAAGAAAGGUACUCAGAUCGGCAAAUGGAAAGAAUCCGGCAAUAAGGCUGAAGUCACCAGCAUUGCGAGAAGCCCAAAUAACGUUGACUAUGCAGUAGGAUACGAAGACGGAAACAUCAGAAUUUGGAAUAUCAAAUCAUCAACAUCCAACGUCACUUUGAAUGGUCAUAAAGGUGCUGUCACUGCACUUUCAUUCGACGCUGAUGGUACUAGACUCGUCUCAGGAUCCAAAGAUACAGACAUCAUUAUGUGGGAUGUUGUUGCUGAAGUUGGUCAAUACAGACUGAAGGGUCACAAAGAUCAGGUCACUCAAGUAGCAUUCAUCGAACGACCCAAUGUCGAAAUCAACACCGCUGAAGAUGCUGAUAUGGAUGCUGACAAUGCUGUAACCGGUGUUUCCCGAGCUGGAUUUGUGCUUUCAUCGUCCAAGGAUACUUUGCUCAAAUUAUGGGAUUUGUCGACUCAGCAUUGCCGUGAAACCGUAGUAGGACAUCGAACUGAAGUUUGGUCAUUUGCCAUCAAUGGAAAGAAAGACAUCAUCAUCUCGGGAAGUAGUGAACAACCUUUGAAAGUUUGGAAACUUGAUUGGUCAGUGUUGACACAAUCGCUUGAAGAACUGGAAGCUGAAGAGCAACAACCUCAGCAAGAAGAUGCGAUGGAAGGAGUAGAAAACCAAGCUCCCGCUCUCAAGAAAGCCAUCAACCUCUACGGACACCUUCCCCGAAGCUCUAGAGACAGGGUCAUCACUGUCCAAUUCCAUCCGUCACAAGAAUACAUUGGUGUGCAAGCGGCUGACAAGUCUGUUGAACUGUACCGGGUACGAGAUCACGAUGAAAUCCGGAAAAAGAUGCAGAGACGAAAGCGACGUCAAAAGGAGAAAGGAAAGGAGGUUGAAGAAAGUGACGAGAUUCAGGUUGAAGACGAAUUCACACCUCAUGUUAUUGUUCGAACACCCGUCAAGGUUCGCAGCUUCGACUUUGCACCUGUCACAGAUGUCAAGAAGGCUGGUUCAAUUCAAAUGCUCACUUCUUUGAUCAACAAUACCAUCGAUGUCUAUUCUGCACCUCUCCCUGUGAAGAAGACCGCCAACGAGGAUCAACCAGAGCCAGUUCGCAUGCAUUCACUUGAUCUUCAAGGUCAUCGAGGAGAUAUCCGAACCUUGGCCCUCAGUUCAGAUGACGAACUUUUGGCAUCUGCAUCAAACAAUAUGUUGAAGGUUUGGAACGUCAAAACUGCAUCUUGCAUUCGUACUUUGGAGUGUGGGUUUGCACUUUGUUGCGCUUUCCUACCUGGAAACCGUCAUAUCAUUGUUGGAACCAAGACUGGUGAAUUAGAACUAUUUGACCUUGCAUCGUCCGCAAUCAUAGAAUCCAUCAAGGCGCACGAUGGCGCUGUCUAUUCACUUCAAGUUCGCCCAGAUAAGCGCGGUCUUGUUACUGGAAGUGCUGACAAGGAUGUUAAGUUUUGGGAUUUUGAUAUGGUAGAAGACAACACUCCUGGAGGCAAUGCUCAGGCUCGCCCCAAACGAUUGACGUUGGCUCAUAUGCGAACUCUCAAGAUGUCUGAUGAAGUUCUGUGUGUCAAAUACAGUCCCGAUCAAAAUCUCGUUGCUGUUUCAUUGUUGGAUACAACCGUCAAGGUCUUUUAUCAUGACACUCUUAAAUUCUUCUUGUCUUUAUACGGACACAAGCUUCCUGUUCUGUCCAUGGACAUUUCGUCUGACAGUACUCUCAUUGCCACAUGUUCAGCGGACAAGAACGUUAAGCUUUGGGGUUUGGAUUUCGGUGAUUGCCACAAGUCUAUCUUUGCUCAUUCAGAAAGUAUUAUGGCUGUUCAGUUUGUGUGGGGAACCCAUUACUUCUUUACCGCCAGUAAAGACAAGACUGUCAAGUAUUGGGAUGGAGACAAGUUUGAAAACAUCAUGAAGCUCGAAGGACAUCAUGGUGAAGUUUGGUCUAUGGCCAUCUCAAAGCACGGUACUUUCGUGAUAUCUGGAUCCCACGAUCGGUCCCUCAGAGUAUGGGAGCGAACUGAAGAGCAGCUUUUCUUGGAGGAAGAACGAGAAAAGGAAUUGGAAGAGCUUUACGAGUCUACUCUUGCUGGACAGAUGGAAAAGACUGACCUCAACGGUGAUGAGAAUGAGCUAGAAUCCGCUGGAAAACAAACUAUGGAGACUUUGAAAGCUGGCGAGAAAAUAAUAGAAGCAUUGGAGCUUGCUGAUGAAGAUCAACUUGCCCUGCGAGCAUAUGAACAGGCCAAGAGUCGAAAUUUACCAGCUGUCUUACCUCAACGAAACCCAAUCCUCAUAGCUAUGGGAGAUUUGCCUGCCGAUAAAUAUGUCUUGACUGUGGUGGAGAAGGUCCGAGCUAAUGACCUUGAAGAAGCCCUUUUGGUUCUGCCCUUCAGUCAAGUACUUUCUCUUAUUAACUAUCUUGAUCAAUGGGCCAAGAAGGACUGGAACAUUGUAUUGGUUUGCCGUAUCUUGUUUACCCUUCUUAAAACGCACCACCAUCAAAUCGUGGCAAAUCGCAUGAUGCGCCCUAUGCUCGACUCCAUUCGUUUCAACUUGCGAUCACAGCUCCAGAAGCACAAAGAUACCAUGGGAUACAAUCGAGCGGCAUUGACCUACAUGCAGCGGGAUUAUAAAUCCAGACAUAUGACGGAGUUCCAAGACGAGGAAGGUCCAGCGUCUCAGGAUGGGCAAGAAAAGAAGCGAAAAUUUGUAAAUGUAACUGUAUAAGCAUACUCUAGAUCCCAAAGCUAUGAUCAUUCAUCUUUGCACUGCUUUCGAUUUAUUAAACUCACUAUUUGCAUGGUAUAA